CAGUAUUAAAUAAGUUUUUAUAAUGUUUCAACAGCUGUUUUUGACAUUUUAUAACCAAAAUUCUAACCUAAUCAUAAUAACUUAGCUACUUAAAAAAUAUAGUUUUAGUUUAUUGUUUUCGGCUGUUAGGUAGACAAAAAUAUUAAUUCCAUUCGUUAGGUUAGAAAAAUAUUUACUUUGAUAUUAAGUGUAAAGUAAUGGAAGAAAUAUUCUAAGAAAAUGCCUAUAUUUAUGACCAAAGCAUAUAGAGUCAUACUUAGAAACAUUCGUCAAUUCUCAUAUUUUAAUAAUGCAGACACAAUUUUGAAAUUAAAUCGUCCAUCAAUUCAGACCGUAUCAAAACGUUGGUUAUUUUGGGAAAGAGAUAGAAAAGGGGGCUAUAGCACUACAGAAAAAGUGUCCAUUUUAGAUCAUUUGAAGACUGGAUUCAAAGAACUAAAGCAUGAAUUUGGUUUACUCAAACAAGAAAUCAAAGAAUUGGUGGAAACUGAUCCUCUACUAGUUGCAAGACCAGGGGAAAUUGAUCUUAUUUGGUGCUUCAGUGAUCAAAGUGUUCUUGAUAAAUUCGUGACGACUAGCGACAGUGACCAUAACGAAGGAUACAGUCAAUGCAGCCUAACUAUGAGCAGUGCCGGCAGAGCACUCUUCCAUGGACACCUCGACCUAAGAGUUCCUAAAGAUGGCCGUAUUAAAAAAGCUGGUUAUUGUGCUAUGAGAUCGAAACGGGCGAGGAAAUCAUUUAAACGUGAAUCUACUUACAACUGGCAUCUAUAUAACACACUUGUUCUGAAAGUCAGAGGAGAUGGUAGAUCGUACUUGUUAAAUCUUUCUUGCGAAGGAUACUAUGACAUUACAUGGAAUGAUAUUUACCAUUAUGUACUAUACACUAGAGGUGGACCAUACUGGCAAAUAGCUAAAAUACCAUUUUCGAAGUUCAUCUUAGGAUCUAAAGGACGAGUACAGGACAAGCAAAAUAGAAUACGUCUAGAUAGAAUAACACACUUUGGUAUAUCUUGUGGCGACAAGAUUCCUGGAAGAUUUGAUUUAGAAAUAGAAUAUAUUGGUCUAGAAUUCGACCCAACGCACGAAGAAGAGUUUGCAUAUGAAAUGUAUAAAACAGAAAAAUAUAUUGUUGGUGUUUAGUUACUUCCAGACUCUAAAUGACUGUAUAUUAUUUUAAAAUUUUAAUGAAUAAAUAUAAUUGUUGAUAAUACUGUUA